CAUUUGGUUACACCCUGUGCAAAAAAAAAUGAAAAGCAGCAACCCUGGUUAUACCUAUUUUAGCAACUCUGUGCUUGCAUUGUUUACAAAACUGAAGAAAUCAAGAAAUUCAACUAUGCUACGAAAAAGACAACGUCUGAAACAAAUAAAAGAAAUACAUCCUCGACCAGUGACUGUCGCGCAAAACAAUGCCAAAGUUACAGUGCAAUACAUACAGCCUCAAAAACGCUCAGUCCAUCCGCCCGUCGUCAUAGAAAUUCCGCACACAUCAAAUUCCCUCAGAAAUCAUGAUGGUGUUGAACAGGAAUUGGAAAUAGAAAACAUUGAAUAUCUCGAUGAAACCAAUGUCCAGUUGGUUGAAGAUGAUGACGCACCAACAGAUGAUAUAUUCUAUCCCAAUGCCAUACAUUGCCUAUUGGAUUUGUAUAAAGCUAAAUAUGACCAACUACCAGAAAGAAAUAUUUCCAAAAAGGCUCUCCGCCAAUUUUGGCUUCAGAUUGCCAGCGAAAUGCAAGAAAGAUUUUUUGAGUUUGGGGCACAACAAUUACAAAGGAAAUAUGCCACAUUAAGAGCACAAUAUUUUGCUCUUAACUCUGCAGAAGAUGUGGACAAUUUUGAGUAUUUCCAUGAACUUCAUAAUAUAUACGAUGACCCUUCCAAAUCUGUUUUAGUCGAUGGAGGAGUGACAAAUAACAACAGCAGUAGCCCCCAUAAAACCCUUUACAAAGAUGAAAAUCUUAUAGUCUUUGAUAUCAGUGAAAAAGAGGGCGAAAUUGAGGAGGAGCACAACUCAAAUUUUCAAAGUGAAGAAAUUGUUCACAAGGAGCAUGAAUUUAUCAACAUGGUGGUGGCUAUGAAAGAAGCACCAAACGUUAAGCCACAAGUAAUACAAAAUACCAACUCUUCCAAUAACACUCCAAGUGUAAAAGAAUACCCAAUUAAAGCUCAAAAGGUUAAAUACAAUUUAAAAAGGAACAUAGCCGAAAUUAAGAAAAACAAAGAUGACGAGCAGCCACCAACUAAACAAAAGCCUACGGGUUUAGAAGAUACUCUUUUAGAUUAUUCACCAUCUGUUGCAAUUCAUAACCAAUCUGUCUCUCUGUCCGACUCCUCCCAGGCAGAAAGCAUGACCUUAAGACUAUUCAACAUAGAACAAGAAAAAAGGCAUCGUGAACAAAUGGCCUUGCUCGACCGACAAUUCAAACAACAACAAUUAGCACUAGAGAAUAUAAAUUUACACUUACAAGAACUUAUUAAAAGAAUGCCUCCAGCAUUAUGAUUUUUA